UCUGGCAAUCUUCUGGGAUCUGUCUGCAGUCUCUGGUCAUCCCCUGUACUAUGUCCGCAGUCUCUGGUCAUCCCCUGUACUAUGUCCGCAGUCUCUGGUCAUCCCCUGUACUGUGUCCGCAGUCUCUGGUCAUCCCCUGUACUAUGUCCGCAGUCUCUGGUCAUCCCCUGUACUAUGUCCGCAGUCUCUGGUCAUCCCCUGUACUAUGUCCGCAGUCUCUGGUCAUCUCCUGUACUAUGUCCGCAGUCUCUGGUCAUCUCCUGUACUAUGUCCGCAGUCUCUGGUCAUAUCUGUACUAUGUCCGCAGUCUCUGGUCAUCUCCUGUACUAUGUCCACAG